AUGUGGAAGGAGUGGGAGCUGCGGUUACUCGUCCUCUUCAGCUUGUUCCUCCAGUUGACCCUUGCUACUCAGGCCAGCCGCAGGAAAUCCAUUUUCAAGAACUGGAUCCAAGUCGUGGUCUGGACAACGUACCUAUUGGCCGACUACAUCGCGACUCUCACGCUCGGCAUCAUGUCGAACCGCCUGGCCAACCUCGAAAAGAAGGGGACGAUUGAUCCGAAGACCCAGAUAAGGGCGUUCUGGGCGCCGUUCCUCCUCCUCCACUUGGGUGGGCCUGACACGAUCUCCUCAUAUGCCCUGGCGGACAACGAGCUGUGGCUGAGGCACUUGGUUCGGCUUUGCGGCCAGGUAGGACUAGCGUGUUACAUAUACGUCUUGGCCUUGAUGGGGUCUACACUGUGGAUAUUAGCGGCAGGUAUGAACCUGGUGGGAUUAAUCAAAUAUGCAGAGAGGCCUUGGAGUUUGUACUUGGCUAGCGUAGGUCGACUACAAGAUUCAAUGAUUUCGCGUCCCAAUUUUGGUCCCUUCUACCACAGGAAAAUGGCGCAGUACACUCUAAAGAAAGAGGAGGGUUACCGGGUAGGAGUUGAAGAGCUUACACAGAUUCCGGCUCUGGAGGAUCUCUCAGUGGAGGACUAUCUAGCCCACGACGAAGGAGAUUCGACGACUCUGGACAUAGCCUAUGAGUCGUUCAAGAUCUUCAAGCUUCUAUUCAUGGGCCUGACCGUCAACUCUAUCGACCUGCAUGCCAGUAAGAGCAUGUUCACGGUCAUGAAUUCAAUGAGGGCAUUUAAGAUCGUGGAGAUUGAGCUCGGGUUCAUGUACGAUCUGCUUUACACCAAGGUGCAGUUGCUGUACUGUGCUUGGGGCAUCAUUCGUUGGGUCAUCAGUCUCUCAGUGCCGUGUGCUGUUUUAGUUUCCUUCUCCUUACAGGAUAAGAAGGACUACCCCAAAGUCGACAUCUGGAUAACUUUCUUGCUCAUAAUUGUGGCCAUAUUUUUAGAGAUUUUCUCGCUUCUUCUAGCAAUUUCAUCCGAUUGGGUCAACCACUGGCUGAUUCAGAGACCAAGGGCAUCCACCAUUUUAUCCAACAUCACCUUUCGCUCGUUCAGCCGGAGCCAAAGAUGGUCAAAUUCCGUGGCCCAGAUCAGCCUCUUAGAUUCAUCUAUCAGGAAUAGAAACAGCAUCUUCCGCUAUCCAAGGCUUGCCAAGUUAGGCAAGCAUGUGGAAAAGAACUUCUACAUCGAUUACAAAGAGUUGGAUGAGGACAUAAAAGACCAAAUCUUCCAACACAUGAAGGAUGUGGUCAAUAAAAUGGAAACGCUCAUCGGAUUGAACGGAGGGUUGGCGAGUCAUAAGCUGGAGGCAAGCGAACUACUGAAGAAUUCGAACUACGGAGGGUUGGCGAUUCUUAAGCUGGAGGCAAGCGAACUACUGAAGAAGUCGAACUGCGAUCAUCUGAAAUGGAGUUUGGAAGCGAUGGAAUUUGACCAGAGCAUCAUCAUCUGGCACAUCGCCACUGAGCUAUGUCACUAUGAGGACUGCCGCAGCAUGGACCCGGAAGACGUCGCGAACUACACGAUGAGUAUGUUGGUCUCGCGGUACAUGAUCUAUCUUCUAAGAUUCUAUCCUUCCAUGUUGGGAACGGGAAUAGGGGUGCUCCGAUACGAAGACACUUUGGUUGAAGCUCAGAAGUUCUUCGAGGACGAGCUAGCGAUGUUGCCAAAGAAGGAAGGCAGCAUCUCAUGGGUCGUCAUCCAGUGGGCCCAGAAAUUAUUCGAGAAAGAGGCACAUGUCCACACCCGUUUAUGCAACUGCUUCGACAAGCACGACUCAAGAGAGUCGCGCGAUCUGUGCGAAGUCUGCUAUCUUCUGCUCCAAGUGAGAACUAAACUCCCUGCGUGGAAGAUGCGUGGACCCGAAAGCACGUCGGUGCUUUUUGAUGCAUGCCGUCUCGCUAGACAGUUGAAAUCCGUCGAGAGGUGGAAGGUGAUUAGCAAGGUCUGGGUGAGGAUGAUGAUGUACGCGGCUUGCCAAUGCAAAGGCUACGAACACAGCGAGAGCCCGAGCAGAGGAGGAGAGCUUCUCAGCCACGUUUGGCUUCUAACGGCACAUCUCGGCGUAACGCAGCCAGUACAAACUUCUGGAGCGCCAUGCAUUACCAAACUGAUCAUAAAGUAG